AUGGACGCCAACCUGCGGUUCUGGAGAGCGGAGGGCCAGUCUUUUUUCCAGAGGUUUCUCCUCUGGGUGGACGUCUUGGAUCCCCUGCUGCUCCUGAAAUCCUCCGAUGAAAUAAGAAGAACCAGGUUAUUAUUACAAAACAGUGGAAAGACGCUAAGUGAGCCCAUACAGAAUGAUCAGACAAAACAAGCCUUCCUGCUAAGCCUGUCCAGUGUACAUCCUGAUACAGACAAGAUAAUUCCUGUUUUGUUUAGACCUCCGGCCUUCCUGCCCAUAUCUCUUCCAUUGGUUAUUGCUUCAUCUCUUCAGCUCCAGGCAAAGCAAACUUUUUUUUGUCAGUUCGUGUUUCACACAUAUACCACAGGAUUCACCCUAUUAAAUGGAAAUGGUACUGCAAAAGCUGAAGGGUACUCGCUUCAAGAAAAGCAGAUCUUCUACAGCUUGGGAGCCAUUUCCUAUGCAGCAUGUAGUGGUGCUCUUCCUCUGGUCUUCAUGAAUCGAUACACGUUGAAGAGCCCGUUAACGCAACUAGUCAUCAAAAAACUUCUACCUGCUCCUCUUCUUGGCUUGAUGAGUGCAUUUACUGCGGCGGUGGUGAGAAGCCCAGAAUUUGAGAAUGGUAUUGAAGUGAUGGACAGGAAUGGCAAGGUUGUAGGACUGUCACAGAAGGCUGGUGAGAAGGCCGUUAAAGAAACAGCAUUGUCAAGAGCAGUCUUGUUUGGGACAACAUUCUUCCUGCCAGCUGUGCUUAUGUACUUUUUCGAAAGAGCAAAAUUUGCAAAAACUCCACAUGCUUUGGCUUCAGUGAGAAUGCUUGUGACUGCGUCAGUACUAGCAGGAAUGCUACCAGUCUCGCUUAGUAUGUUCCCGCAGUGUGGGGAGAUAAAGCGAGCAGACCUUGAACCAGAAAUUCUGUCAUCUACAGAAGAAACGGAGUUAUUCUACAAUAGGGGAAUUUAGAGAUUGGCUUUAAUAUGUAAACGUGUGCUUUGAAGUGAAUUCUGAACGCAUCAACAAAUUCAGUUGGCAUAUGUAAGUGAUUGAAUUGUGAAUUUAUGGUGGCAUACAUACCAGAUUUGGUGUACAAUGGUGUGGUCUAUAAAAAGGCAGACUUUGCAAAAUGAUUUUGCCAGCCCCAGCCUGCAGGCAGAUACGUACACAUAACUUAAUGCUGUAAAUUAUAUUAGUACCAGAAAGCACUGUAACACAGCAUUUGUCACAAGCUGGGUUCUGUAUGCUUCCUUGUGUGAUUGAUUUCUUAAUUAAAAGACUAUU